AUGUCGGCCGUAAUGAGAAGAACGCCCGGACCGACGGACACUAUGAAGAGUAAAAACAAUGACUCGUUCGUCGAUAAGCUUACUGGUACAUUGACCCGAAAGAAGAAGCCUGGACAUGAAAACCCUGAAGCUGCCGAGGAAGAUGAAGCUCAAGAGAUCGAGAUCGAAGGACGUGAAUCCAUCGACGCGUGCCUGAUCCCUGCAAUGGCGAAGAAUCUCACGCUAGAUGAAGGAGAGAUGAGGCGAUACUUAACCAAGGAGUCAAGUGAAGAUCCUAAGCUUCGAGAAUUGAUUUCUCUAUUGAUCUACUGGAUCAACGAAGAGCUAGCUGAUUUGCGAAUUGUGGUUCGAAAUCUCCAGGAAGAUCUUUAUGACGGACAGGUUCUUCAGAUGCUUAUGGAAAAGCUUGCCGGUAUCCGAGUUACGCAGUCUGAAGAAGGACAAAAGAGGAAAUUGGAUUUGGUCGUGCAAACCGUGAAUCGAAUCGUGAGCCCUACUGAACAACCAAGAUGGGAUGCCGAACUUAUCCAUAACAAGGACAUCGUCGCAAUCCUACAAAUUCUUAUCGCCAUGGUACUACACUUCAGAGCCCCGAUUCGGCUGCCCGAAUACGUCUCAGUCAAGAUGUUGGUGGCAUCGAAGCAUCAAGGACAUGCACGGUCGGAAUUUAUCACUGAGCAACUUACCACCACACAGGGUGAACUUGGUCUGAAGGGUGAGAGAGACGCUUUUGAUACGCUGUUCGAUUAUGGACCGGAUAAGUUGGCUCAUGUGAAAACAUCGCUGUUGGCGUUCUGCAACAAACAUCUCAACAAGAUUAACCUCGAGGUGACUGAUUUGGAAACACAGUUCCAAGAUGGCGUGUUUCUUGUUCUUCUGAUGGGUCUCCUGGAAGGAUAUUUCGUACCACUUCAUGCCUUCCACCUACAGGUGUCGUCAUACGAAGAGAAGGUGAAAAAUGUUGCGUUUGCGUUCAAGCUGAUGCAUGACGCUGGCCUCCCGAAACCCCGCAGUCGUGUUCAGGAUAUUGCCAACGGCGAUCUCAAGAGUACACUGCGUCUGCUCCACCUUUUGUUCACCAAGUACAAGCAUAUCUGA